AUGACUCGCCACAUCCCCUUUAUUCUCUCCUUUGGGACCGUCUCGAGUUCCAGAAGUCCCAUUUCAGACCCAUCCCAUUCUCGCCGUUAUGGGAGCCGCUCACUGACUCUGGCGCACACACAGUCCGCGAUUGUCGAGCUAUCCCCAUCCAUUUGCGGCACGCUGAUGCGCGCACAACCACACUCCGCCUCAGCGGUGCACCAUCACGGCACCCAAGACACCAUCGUCUACGCGGUGAGUGGCUACGGCUCCCUUGUAUCGUCGUCUGGCAAGGGCAAAGAUGGUCCGUUUGGAGAUGUCAGGCAAGAUCUCAAGCCGGGAGACUGGGCCCUGAUCCCGGCAUACAGGGAACAUCAGGAGGUCAACGACGGCAACGAAGAAGUUGUCUGGGUCAUUGUCAGGGCGCCGGAAGGAGUUCCUGUCGUCGAGAACUUGAAGGGCUGGGGUGGAAGCUUGGAGACCUAG